AUGAUGGAAGUGCUUGAAAAGGAAGAGCAACGACCACUGUUUACGAUAGCCGUGCUAGUGUCGGGAGUGGUCGGCGGUUUGGCCGUCGUCAUUGCCGUCGUCUACCUGUAUCGUUUUUGUCUCAAAAAACGUCCACCUGUCACCACGACGGGUUUACCAGAAGCAAAACGAGAACAGAUACGUAGCAAUGCAAACAGUCAAAGCCGACCACUUCCUCUUCCGCUUUCAGUAGAUUCAACAACGCCAUUUUUGGCCAGUAGUCCGUCAAAGGAAUAUACAAAAGAGACCGUAGUCGAUCGUGAAUCGGCAUUCGGUUCACCCACUCGAAUAGCUCAAGUCUUUCCGAUGAUUCCAAGGGAUCAUUCAACACCAUAUAUACAACGUUCUGUUCAGGAUGUUUCGCAGAACAAGUCAUUCCUUUUCGUUUCCGAUAAUCCUCAUCGAGCAAAAUCGGCAGAUUUGCUCCAAGCUGAGCUGAACGAGGAGAUUCGACGAGCAUCAUUUGAUGUACCGCGAGGGACUGGACGGCAGCUUCCUAGUACUGAAGGACUUGAGGUACGCCCAACGCUUCAUUUUUUCUUAUUUACGGAUCUUUGA